UCUGAUUUACUGGGUGAAUAAUUUGUCGUAUUCUUUGCAAAGACAUGAUUUUUAUUUUUAUUUAUAUUUUGGUGUGUGUCUUUUAUUGUUGGAUGAAACAUAUUAGCAUAAAUGCAUUGCUGGGUUUAUAAUUUGUAUGAUACGCAUAUGUUCCUAGAGUAUGUGGUACUUGGGCUCGUUGUUUUUCCCUAGACUGGAUAUUUCCUUUUGGCAGAAGAAGUUGAUACUUGAUAAUCAUAGUCCAGUGUAUAAAAUUAUUAUUUUUGCUUAAAAAUAUAAUUGAUUACAUCAUUUUAAGGUGCAUAUAAUUAAUGAUUCUCGAAGAUAAUUAUAUUUUUAAGUAAAGACCAUUGUGCGGUUAUGAUGUGGCCACCGCAAGUUUGUGAGAGGGGUCAAGAAGGACAUGGUCCUUGUGCUCCCACUAUCUUGUAGUUGUUCGAGACUUUUAUCAUUCUUGAGACCAUGAUACCACCGAACAUAUAUUGGGUAAUUUGUAAUAGAUGCGUGCUUCAUAUGUUGGAGCCACAAGUAUGUUGGAGAUUGAUGUCUCUAGAAAGAUUGAUUAAUGCUGUCAUAUGUUGAUCCUAUGUUGUAUAAUUCUACUGGAAUCAAUGAAGUGCUUAGAUGGAUGAUGCUUUUACCUCAUGCUUUCAGCAAUAAGCAAACCUUCAUAAUGGUGGAUCUCAAAGAGAGGUUACUCCCACCAAAACCUGCAUCAGCUUUAAACCUAAGAGAGGCGACCAAUCGACCAUCUGCCUCUGGAAGGCAAUCUUUUCAAGGAGUGGAUGUUCUGGGUCUAAAGAAGCGAGGCCAAGGUCUCCGAUCAUGGAUUCGUGUCGACACGUCUGGAAACUCUCAGGCCAUUGAGGUAGACAAGUUUACCAUGAUGCGACGUUGUGAUCUACCAGCACGUGAUCUUCGUCUACUUGAUCCUCUGUUUGUCUACCCGUCAACAAUCCUUGGUAGGGAAAAGGCAAUUGUUGUAAAUCUAGAGCAGAUUCGGUGUAUUAUAACGGCAGAUGAGGUUCUUCUCUUGAAUUCCCUUGAUAGUUAUGUAUUGCACUAUGUGAUGGAGCUACAACGGCGGUUGACAACAACUGGGGUAGGUGAGGUUUGGCAACCAGACGAUUCUGACAUGAACCGAAGGAGAGGAAGUAGGAGUUUUGAAAAUUCUUUUAGCAACUGCUCCCCUGAUUAUUUACCUUUUGAGUUCAGGGCUCUUGAAGUUGCCCUGGAGGCAGCAUGCACAUUUCUAGACUCCCAGUUCUCUUCUGGCCAUUUGCAAAAGGCAGCAGAGUUAGAAAUUGAGGCUUAUCCGUUGUUGGAUGAACUGACAUCAAAGAUCAGUACUCUAAACUUGGAACGUGUUCGUCGGUUGAAAAGCAGACUUGUUGCCCUGACUCGGAGGGUUCAGAAGGUUAGAGAUGAAAUAGAGCAGCUUAUGGAUGAUGAUGGUGAUAUGGCUGAAAUGUAUCUUACUGAGAAGAAAAGACGGAUGGAGUUGUCAUUUUAUGGAGAUCAGUCUAUGGUUGGAUAUAAAUCAGUUGAUGGGGCAUCCAUUUCUGCUCCAGUCUCUCCUGUUUCAUCACCUCCUGAUUCUCGCAGGCUUGAAAAGAGCUUGAGCAUUGCUAGGAGUCGACAUGAGAGCAUGAGGAGUUCUGAAAGUACCACGGAAAAUAUAGAGGAGCUUGAGAUGUUGCUGGAAGCAUACUUCGUUGUCAUUGACAGCACUCUGAACAAGUUGACAUCGUUGAAAGAGUACAUUGAUGACACAGAAGAUUUCAUUAACAUUCAACUGGACAACGUACGGAAUCAGCUUAUCCAGUUUGAGCUUUUACUCACAACUGCAACAUUUGUUGUUGCCAUCUUUGGAGUGGUAGCAGGAAUAUUUGGGAUGAAUUUUGAAAUUCCAUUAUUCAAUGUCCCCUCUGCAUUCCAAUGGGUCCUCGUAAUAACAGGAGUUUGUGGAGUCUUCAUAUUUUCUGCAUUCGUAUGGUUCUUCAAGUAUAGAAGACUCAUGCCCCUAUAGUAAGCUAGAUCACCAUGAAGAAGAUUAAAAUAAAUGCGUCAUUGCUACAAAUGCACUGCGUUUGGCAUGCAAUCAUAUAAUUCAAAUGAAAAGCCGGCUCAUUUCAAGAGCAAUUCUUUCAAUUCAUUUUUGUAUCAAUUUUAGGCAAUUUCUUAUUAUAUUUUGAUUCAACAAUUUCUCUCUAUAUUUAGACGAAAUUAUUUGUUACAAUAGUUGAAUCCAUAAAACAUCUUCGUAGUUCCUAUUUUUCCUUUUUCUUGAGCAAUGGGUGACACAUC